GAUAUAAAUAUAUAAACCUGUGAUGCUAACCACUGAGGUCAGGUCACAAACACACUGCAGAAAAGCCUAAAAAAUAAAGUCUUUUCCAGUGUUUAGGUAGAUCAGACUGUGUACCGUAAUAUCUAGAGAAAUGAUGCAUUAAAAAAAAGGAACACUGAAAUAUUGAAAAUUAAUAUAUAUAAAUAUAUAAACCCCAGUAUGUUAGAAAAAAACACCAUCAGAUUAACUGGUCCACCUGCUGGUCAAGUGGUGCAAUACCAUGUUUUCUUCAACAGUACAACUCCAACCAUCUGGUGAUGAUGUUUAUGCCACUUUGAUGAAACAAAUUUGAAUAUUUCACACCUACGUCUUCAGUUGAAUAAUUUUACGAACCCCCCUACAGUCGUGUGCUCCACCCUCCAGUCCUCCAGUCCUCCAGCCCUCCACCCUCCAGUCCUCCACCCUCCAGUCCUCCAGUCCUGUCAAUCAGCCUCUCCACCUGUUCUUCUCAGUUGGUCUCUCUCCUGUGAUUACCUGAUGGGUUCCACCUGUGCUCCACCUCUUGUUCCAAUCACUGUCAGAAGACAUCAGUCAGCAUGGCUGCUGUGAACAUGGACGCAUCUGUGACGUGUGAAGAAACAGAACCAGUCAAAGUAGGAGUUGUGUUUCCUACAAAACCAGAAAAUAAGGACUGUGUUAUAAGUGAAGAUGGACGCACUUUGAUCUACACAUCAGCAAAAAACAGGGAAACACAGACCUUUUCAUUUGACCAAGUUGUAAAUGUUGACAACGUUCAGAGCUUCCACUCUGAGCUCCUACCAUCUGUCACUGACUCUGUAUCCAGAGGUUUGAUUGUAUCUCUGCUGGUAUGUGGAGUCUGCUCUGAGGAGAUGUGCAUUCUGAUAGACCACAGCAUCAUCAAACAGCUUCUGGCAGAUCUCUUCAGCCGCCUGUUGUCACGAGUGAAGGAAGAGCCGUUCAUCUCUGUGUCAUUCAUCCAGUUUUAUCCAGAUGGUAGCGCUGUAGAUCUCCUCAGUCCCGAGAGACAGACUCUUAAACCUGUCACACACCCAGUCCUUGGGCGUCUUAUUGAAGGUGUGUGUGAGGUGUGUGUGGCUACAGCAGAAGACGCCUGUGAUCUGUACGAAACAGGAAGAAAGACACUGAGGACCAGAGCGAGAGACGUUUACGGCAGAUGUAGUUCUCUCUUCUCAGUGGCUGUGGAGUGGAAGCUCCAUGGGGAGACGGGGGAGGAGAAGGAGAAGGAGGAGGAAGAGGAGGAGGUGUGCCGCAGCAGGCUGCAGUUGUUCAGUUUGGCAGGAAGAGCCAGCAGGACUGACCUCAGAGGAGUGAAUCCACUGGUGACUGUUUUGGAAGAACUCCCACACGUAGCUCCAUCAGCAGAGAGGUUCCUGCCUGGCCUGCUCCACGAAGCUUUGACAGGAAACAGCAAAACAUUCCUCAUUUACUGUUUUAACCCACAAGGUAUUUUAGAUGUGGAGACUCCGACUGCCUUAGCUUUGGCCCAGAAAGUCCGAUGUUUGACAACUAGAGCUACAGUUGGACGCUGGUGUCCCAGAGCAACAGAGACAGAGAGCCGCCAGAAGAUCAUGGAUCUCCAGGCGGUAAUGAUGUCACUGGGGGAAAGUGAUGUUGACCACACCCACAGGUUGGCAGAGCUCAACCAAAACCUGCAGAUGGUGAAAAAUCAGUCAUGGGAGAGGAGGAGAGAAGAGUCAAAGAGAUUAAAGAAGAAAUGUUUGACGCCACCACACAGCAGCGUGCCCAGCAGAGAGGGCAGAGCUGAAAGUCACAGGUUGAAAUGUUUACAGGAUCAACUAAGAGUAGAAAUGGAAAGGCAUAUCAGAGGUAAUGUGGUGUGA